GCCAUCCCCUCGCGGCUCGUGGGCUUGACGAGGGCGGCUUCGUGCUGAUCAAGUAUCAGGUGGGAGGAGCUCGGAUCUGGCACGAGCGCCUCCUCUUGGCGUUCCAGGCCACUCCCCCGUUUGGCACGGGCACCCUGACGCCCGACGGUCACGGUUACGUCGAGGCCAUCACCACCGGCGGCAUCGACGUGGCGGACUUCUGUGUCCCCGCGGGCGGAGCGGCAGGGGGCGCCUCGGCAGCGACAGGUGGCGAUCAGGUGUACCGCUUUCGGGCGUUGCCGCUGCCUGCCGCCGUGGCGGACGCCGCCAGCUCCACCCGAGCGGCGCUUGGCCUAGCCCCAGGCCCUCCCGUGGCCCUGAACACCGCCGGUUGCCUCAUCGGCGCCGCCGUCGCGGCAGCGGCUGUUCCCGCCGGAGGGGGCGGUGCUGGCGGCCCAGCGGCUGGAGGCCUGGCGGGACUCGCGGCAGCGCUCGGAGGAGGGGCCCCUGGGGCCGGAGAGGCCGCUGCCGGUGGAGGUGCCGCCGGCGCCUCCGUGCUCGUCGCCGCGCCCGCGGCGGCCUUGCCUGGAGGCGCCUUGGGGCCGACGGCCGUGGCACCAGCGGCUGGGGCCCCUCAGGCAGCGGCCCCUGCUGUUGGCGCAGCCGCCGCCGCCGCCCCGCCUGCCGCCCUUGCUGGAGCGCCCGAGGCUCCUUUCUGGGGCGCGGGCGGCCUGGCGAACGCUCUCGCAUCCGUCGCGGCAGCCCCAGGCGGGGACGCGAGGAUGCAAGCAGUCACCCUGGACCCGCAGGGCGUUCGCUACAUCGACUUCAGGGCGGCGGUGCUGCGCAUGCACGAGCUGCCGUGGGUCGAUUGGCCGCUCAAGGGGCCUCGCGCUCUGCUGUGGGUGCUGAGUUACAUCAGCCGCAAUGGAGGAACGCCCCUCGGACGACAUCUGAAGUGGAAGGCCGAGGCAUACCUCGACGAGGAGGAUCCCGGGGUGGACGUGCACCUCCUGUGCUGCAGGUUGCUCGAGUACGGCGUGGUCUACGAUCAAGUUCACGCGACGAACCUGGCCUCCAUGGAGCUGGUCGGGCGCGCUCUUCAGACCCAGGAGGAGCUCUACCGUGACAGGUUUGCGCCGUGGUCUGAGCACGGCAAUGACGCUGCCUUGCUGUCUGGCGUCCAGGGCGCGGGCGGCAGCAUCUGCAUGGCCCCGGCGCUGCGCGACUGGCUGGCGGCCGAGAAGUCUCGUGAGGCGGCCAUCGCCAAGGAAAGGCUGCAGCUCCGCGUGGGGUGGAGUCUGUCGGCCGCCGCUCAGCUCGGCGCCGUGGUUUUCGCGCGCAUCGUGAAGAUCGGGCAGCGCCAAGCCAUCCAGCACAUCGAGAGCAGCAUCAGGGAGUUGGGCGCACCGCCGCCCGAGUUCACCGACGUUCGUGCUGCUCAAGACGGAGCCCUACGAGAGCUCCUCUCCUGCGCCAACCUGUGCGGGUCUGGCGCCGCCUCGCCAUCUCCCUACGUCAGUGACCGUGUCGCAUGGCCCGCUGGUAGUGCUGCGCCCGUCGACCUGAUCGACCUCAUGCAGCCCCAGGACAGGGCGUGGCUGGAGGGAUGGCGGAGCCAUAUGCUCCGAGAUCAGCGCGCCGCCGAGGCCCUGGCGCAGUCGGCCUGCCCGCGCGGGCCCUACUGCGACCCGGGCCUUGUUCGUGGCGAGAGUAUCUACGGCCAGUUCUUGAUGCAGAUGUACCAGAGGCAGAUGGUCACUUUCGCGGCAGAUAAUGGCAUGCCGCACUCCGCCCCCGUCGACGGCAUGUUCAUCUCAACGUGCGACCUGGAGUGCGCAUUCUACCGCAUGCGGCUUCCUUGCGGGACGGAGUCGAUGUUUACCCUACCCUCGAUCUCAGUCGCCAUGCUGCAGGAGAUGGGCUUAAUCGACCUUGAUUUCGACCCGUCCACGCGCGUGACGCCCAUGGUGACUGUCCCCCCGAUGGGGUUCUCGUGGGCCCUGCACUUCUGCCAGUCAGUUGCGCGCGCAGUCCUAGCUGCUACCGGCCAUGAGAGGGCCAUGACCGCCCUAGAUGGCCAGCCGGGCGUGGUGGUCACGGACCCCGUGUCGGUUGGCGUCGGCGCCUACGUCGACAGCAUCCUCGCGUUCGAGGCUGACAAUGGCGCGGUCGACCAGGUCAUGGGACAGCUCGUGGCCGCCUUUCGCGCCCGAGGGCUGCCAGUGCACGAGAUCGAGCCCGCGGGGCGCGCCCUCGCAGUGCCUCACAGCGUCUACAGCUUCGUGGCGGCGCACGGCGAGAGACAGGGCAGGUUAUGGACCUCAGCGGCGAAGGAGCUGAUCACCAUUCGGGAUUUGCUGCCCCUCCUGUCCUGCGACCUCGCCUCCGUCUGGCGCCGCGCGAUGACUGCUAGCGAUGCUUCGCCUUUCGGGCUCGGGGUGAUGCGGCGCCGCGCGCCUCGCGCCGUCUGUGCCGCCAUGGGCCGUUGCUCAGAGAGGACCCCUGCGACUCCAUGGGCCAGCACGGACCCCUACGAGGAGCUCAUGGGUUUCAACGAGCUGAUGCCCUCAGCCGAGGGAAGCUCGGCUGGUUCAACGGCCAUCGUCAUCUCAGUCAUGCGAGGACUCGCCAUGGGCGCCGUGGUGCUCGCGCAACUGCUCGCGGGCCUCCGCGAGGCGCUGGGCGCGCCGCGGCCGACGGGGCCCGCGCCCCCAGCCGGGACUCGCCACCGCGCGAAGCUGGCGUCUACAGCGGUGCGCAGGCGGACGCUGGUGGGCCCCGUGGCGCCCCUGGAGCACCAGGCGGUGCGGCCGACCACGGAGGCCCUCUAUCAACUUCCUCAGCAGACAUUUAUCACGUACGGCUUGGACCGCCGCCGGGACUGGGGCAACCUUUGCGAGUUAGACAUCCUGCUCGGCGAGUACUUCACUUCUCGGGGCAUCUCGGGGGCGACGACGAGUGUCAAGCCGCAGACGGUUGUGGCGCUGGCGCACUUCACUCCCGUGCUCCCGAGGCAGGUGAGCCCGCCCCUGCCCCGCACCUCACUCGCGAGGCGGGCAAGGCGGUUCGUCGCGCCCAUCCUCUUCGACCCCGACCUGUACCUGAUGCCGGUCUUCAUCCCCGCCAGCCUGGCGCCCACCGUCCUGUCCGAGCCGCCGCCAUCGCGGGGCUCGCGGCGUGCCGAUCACCUGCGGCGACGCUUCAGAGCUGCCGUCAGCCGUGGCCCCCCGUGCCGGCGGCGCGUCGUGCUGGAACUCUUCAGCGGCAGCGGGCAUUUCGCAGCUGCCGCCCGGCGCCUCGGGCUCUCGGCACUUGGCUUGGACGUGCGCCAGUCGCCCCUGGAAGACCUCCUCUGCCGCGACGUCGAGCGGGUGGUGACCGGCUGGCUCCGCAGCCGCGCAGUCGCGGCGGUCUUCCUCGGAACGCCGUGUACGACGUGGUCGCGGGCCCUCCGAAAGCCGCUCAGGACGCGCUCCCAGACCAUGGGCAUCAGCGGCCUCUCGCAUGCUCACUUCCCGAGGGAUGGGUCGAGUAGGAUCGGCGGAUGUGCCUCGUGGGUCUCCCCGACGUCCGUGGUGAACUUCAUGCAGAAGCACGGAGUGGAAUGCCCCGCCGGGGGCAGCUCGGUCAUGAUCUCCGAGGACGCGGAGGAUUGCCGGCUGGCGGCGCCAUUCGCGGUCAGCUCCGCGUCGAAGGGGCAGUCCUGCAUCACCCGCGACGCGGCCGAGGCGGCGUGCGAGGACGUGCUCGGCAGGUGGUGGAGCCUCAAGUUCGGCGCGGACCAGGUGCUCACGAGCUUCUUGCAGGAGAAGCUUGCGCGGGACCUGCGGGACAAGGCCUUGCUGGAGUGGGCGCUGCAGAACCGGGGGCACGCGGAAACGACGGCCAAGGAGGACGUCCUUGCCUGGGUCGUGCCCAAGUGCAUCGAGAUUUCCCUCCGCAAGUUCGCGGGAGGCCAGAUCACCGCCGAGGGCGGGGCUGGGCUGCUGACCGACCUCUUCGGGAAGAACGAGCUCCAGCAGCCGCCCUUCAGCCUGCCGGCCGUGACGUAUGGGCAUCUCCGCCACGACGUUGCAGCCGAGAUGAAGCUGGCCAUGCACGUGCCUGUGUCCGUGGGCGGCACCAAGCGGCUCGAGCACCCUGGCUUCAGUAGCUACCGGCGCCAGCUCGGCGUCCCAGACGACUUUCUAGAGGCCUUUCACUGGCAGCCAGAUGCGGGUAUCGACGCAGGUUCGGGCUCUCUCUUCGCGUCCUACUUGGCCUUCAUGAUCAAGUGCGAGGACUCGCGCGACUGGCACUCGACAGUCGACUGGCGGACCUUCCACGUCAUAGCGGACGAGUAUUUCAAGUUCAUGCAGGAAAACCCCGAUAGUCUUUUGCCGCGCUUCCUCACGGCGUGGUCGAUGGAUGCCGGAAGCGAUGGCAGGAUGAUGUUUUGCUGGGCCAUGCAGGAUUGGACCCCUUCCAGCUGGAAGGAGAACCCAGACUGGCAGGCAUCGCGCGAGGCCGCGUCUCUUUCGUGGGACUUGAAGGGUUCAAUCAUUUACUGGAAGAAAGGUGACACCAACAAUCGCCUGGUCACGCGGGGGACGAAAGUGUUCCAUCCAGAUGACAGGCUGAUGUUGAAGGACCAGAACUUUGUCACCGACCAUCUCUUGGUCUUGCCUCGCGACACGGCUGAGAUGCUGCAUGAACAGGUGGACAAGGAUGUGGCUUGGCUGCAGUCGAACAUGUUAAUGGACUAUUCGUUUUUCUUGUUCCUUGUCGACGUGGAUGCCGAGGACGCUGUUAGCUUGUCCCAUGUCUGCCCGGCCGAAGGCCACUUCGAGCCCAAGUUCCUCACCGCGGCGUUUUUCCAGCGGGACGCGGGCUUCACUGCGACGGUGCCGUCUUGGGAUGGUAACCUUUACCUCUGGUCGAUGGGCCUGAUCGACAUCUUGCAGCCCUGGUCCCUCUUCAAGGCCAUCGGCACCGCCGUCGACGAGCUCUUAUUCCCUGAUUCCGUCGGUACAUUUGCGAUGAACAACAUCGCUCCCAGCCAGUACGGGCCCCGCUUCAGCCAGUUCUUGAAGAACAUCACCUACUCUUCGCACACGGUGACGUACCCGAACGGGACGACGGAGGCAUUCGAGGCAGAGCACGUCUACAAGAAGUGCGCCGACUUCCGAGCCAGGGAGGCGAAGGAGAAGAACCCCCACCUCCCGUUCUGCGAGGACCUGCGCCUCGAGGCCGCCCUGCCAGAGACGACGCGGCUCCUCCGCGCGGCGGCCACUCCGUUCACGGAGGAGGAGGUCAGGGCCGCGCGGAGGGAGGCUCACGCCGACACUGCGCCCUGCCAGGACCAUCCCGUCGCCGUUUACGUCAUCGGGCCCUCCUCGGUCGGCAAGUCCACCGCGUCGGAGACCCGUCUCCAGGACAUGGGCCUGGACGAGAAGGAGGCCGUAGUGGUGGACGGGGACAUCUGGAGGAGUCACCACUCGGGAUUCAAUAAACUGGUGGAUUUCGGGAAGAAGUACAACUGUGUCUUCAAGGGUGCGUGGGACGGCGUGAUCAAGUAUUCCAAGGCGGAGAAGAAGAAGCUCUUCGAGUUUGCUGCUGAUCCCGAGUGCCGGCGCAACAUGAUUGUCCCAGAGACGUGCUCGACCUGGGAGCGUUGCAAGAUACAAUUCGACCGGCUAAAGAGUCAGAACUACAAGAUCCAUGUGCUCUCCAUAAUCGCGCCUCGAGAGGACGUGCUCGCACGCGGCUUGGCCAGGGCGGACAAGACGGGCAAGCAUUACUCUGGCGCCUACGUGAAGCCGGUUGCCGCGAUGGUCCCCGUGAUGUCGCUUGCGAACG